UCUGUUGUGGUUUUCCAAUUUUUAACCCCGUCUGAAGUUUUAUAAUGCAAGUAGUUUUGAAGUUCUUUUGGAAGUUUUUCGAUUUUUAUGAGCUCUAGGAAUGUCAUUUCCACUUUUUUUCAGUGUUAGGAUUAUUUCAUACUGAGAUUUGAAAAAAUGUCUCAAGCACAGCUUCAAAUGGUAGCUGAUUUGGAAAUGGAAAUGAUGGCUGACAUGUAUCGGCGGAUGACGACAGCAUGUCAGCAAAAAUGUAUCUCAACUCGUUACAGAGAGGGGGAAUUGACAAAAGGUGAAGCGGUUUGCUUGGAUCGUUGCGUCGCUAAAUAUUUAGAUGUACACGAAAAACUUGGAAAGCGGUUAACGUCAAUAUCACAGCAGGAUGAGAAACAAUUACAGCAAAUGCAACAACAAAUGCAACAGCAAUUGCAGCAACAAGUGAAAUAAUAAUUAAAUAAUCUCAUAGUUAUUUACAAAUUGCUCACAUUUAAAAUCUUCGUUUUGUUGUCUUUUAUUAUUAGCAUAACGAGCUGUUGAAAGCACUUGGACAAAACAAUUAAAAAAAUCAUUUAACGAUGUAAGUUUGUAUUCGAUUUUCAUCUUAUACGUCAGAACCAGACAGAACAUUAAGUUUACAAUAAAUGCA